AUGGAGGCGUCGGCUACCGCUGCGUCGCCCGUGAAGCUACACGCGGAGUCAACUCGUGCUACUGAAGAGCCCACAGCAGCCGCGAUAAGCCCUUCCACCCCCACCGAGAACGACGUGGUUGAGGUGGAAACGGAGAAGAGUCCCGUUGCAGCGCAGCUGGAGCUAAAACCACACGAGGACGGCGCCGAGUCCGACAAGGCGCGGACAGACAGCGACGACGAAGACGAGGAGCCGCCACUGAAGCAGCAGCAGGAUGUAGUAGCACCCGCUCAGGAGCCCACGACACCCGUGGACGCCCCAAAGACUCCAGCUGAAGAGCCAACAACCCCCACAGGAACACACUCAGAGCCCACAACGCCCGUGGAGACCUACUCAGAGCCAACGACACCUGUAGAUCAACCCCCUGAGCAUACAUUCGGAGAAGAUGUAAAGGAAAAGGAGCUGAUUGUACAGGAUGCGGUUUCGGAUUCCCCGCCGUCGCCAUCCUCGUCUACUGUUGGCAUUGAACAAGUGGAAAAACUACAGAUGCAGGUUCAUGAAGUUGAGCUAAAAGUACAGGACGACGAGGUUUGUGGCCACGAGGUGGAGCUAGUGAUCCCGUCGCCAAAACGUCCGUCUCCGCUGAACUUAGUGCAUCACGAUAUUAUCGACGAGGCGAGUGACAGCGAUGAUCAGGAAGGAGCUGCUGGAGGUGAAGACGACGACGAAGGAGCCGAUCUAGGCACACCUUUGGGCUACGGCGGUGCUGCGGACUUUGGUGAAGGUCAAGACGAGUUCACUUCUCAUCGCUUCUUGGGCCCGAGCGUGGCUUCCGACCCGUCGUCACUUCGUGCGUUGCACAGCUUACGUCGCGUUUCUCUUCAUAAUAAACCUCCGCGCUUCGUUAGCGAGGCAACAGUGGCCGUAGCGAGCUCAGGAAGUGUAACAAGCAGCGGCGAGUCGUCAGGACGGAACUCGUCAAGUGCCAGCGCGAUCCACGCUCCAGACCUCAAGUCUGGACUGCGCUCGCAGUCUGAAGUAGACUUUGUGGAGCACCCUCUCAACACAUACACGUUGACGUUUACAGAGCCAGUAUUGGGCUUCAACACGAACGUGGUUGUGUCGUUGGAGAACGAGCUAUUGGUCGAAGUCGAGAGUGUGGAGAAAGAGAGCCCUGCACAACGUGGUGGAGUGGUAGUAGGCGACUAUCUUAUCAGUGUGAACAGCCAGCACAUUGAGCCACACAUGACGAAGGAGCAAGUGCUUGAGAUCAUUCAGACGUCGACAGUGCCGCGUACUCUCGUGUUCCAGAGAGACGUACAUGACAAAGAAGGCGCGCAGUCGAAAAGCCUGCCGGAUAAGAAACACUCGCCUGGAAAGCCACUUAUGGGACGUCUUGGAGCUGCUAUGAGUCAGGGAGCGUCCAUUAUUGGCUCCAAGUGGAAGCGCAAGAAAACAAUCGUGCAUCAGAACUCGUUCUGUGAUGGCUGUGGCAUGGACCCGGUUGUGGGGGCGCUUUGGACGUGCAGUGUAUGCUCAAAUUACAACUUGUGCAACGAGUGCUACGACUUGGGUACACAUGGCAUGGAGAAUACGGAGCAGAUGCAGGCGCUGAGCGAGGCCAUCGUGCAGUAUAAAUUACAGAAGAAGUGCAAGCACUUCACACAGGAGUUUCUCCUGUCACUUCGCCGCGAUAUUUGUAAGGGACGACCUGAUAAGUUUGAGUAUUUGGGCGAAUGGAUUGCUAAUAUUGUAGUCGGAACGGCUGCGGCCAAGAUCACAGUACGUGGCAUCGAGAUCCCGUCUCUUCCGCCCACGGCUCGACAGCGAUUCGUGUCGUAUUUGAUGCCGCUGGUGUCGAACAGAACCGACAUUGAGGUGAAUAUCGAGUGGUUGCCGGACGAAGCGGACCAAAUCAACGCCGCGUGUCGUGCGAGUGUAGAUCGAAUGAGUGCAGGCGCAUUUGGGAGUGGAGAUGAAGAAGAACACGAUGGACCUAUCGAGAACUUAGAGAAGUUGCGCAUCUGGAUCUCUGACAAGAAGACGCGAACAACGUCGCCAUUUGCGUGA